CCUACCCUUGCAAAAACCUAUUUUGAUACCAUGAAUCCUACAAGCUUUCCACUCCGAUCUACUGGUCGUGGUACCAGAGACGAAACUGAAUACCCGGCCAUUCCAGAGAAUUUCGAGCAAAUGCCAGGCGAAGCAGAUCGCGCGAUGACGGAGAUUCCAGAGGAUGUAGAGGAAUACGCUAAGCGUAUGAUGAGGGAGACAAUGGAAGAGAUGUUGAGGGGGCCGGGUUACAUGCAACUUGCCAAGGCUCGAUCGCUCCAUAUGAGUCCCGAGAUGAUGGCAGCCUUUCAGCCGAGCUCGACGACCUCGAGAGAUGAGUCCAACUUCACCACUCAGUCUCAGCUCCCUCUUCCAAGUGAGGCCUUCAAGCGGUCGAUGAGGGAGCAGGUUGAGAUUUUGACGACUUAUCCCCAUGUGGUGGACCUUGCAAAGUCCACGGUCCUCGGCUUGACUCCGUCGACUCCUCUCUAUACGGUUACGGAAGGCUUUCACUAUUCACCAAGUCAUCCCCACUUGAGAGUUCCCAAUAUCAUCCCCGUUCACCAGUGUAAUUGUUCCAACUGCGCUGGGCUUCAACACCAGAACCAUAGCCCACUCCCAUCAUUUGCCCCCCAAGGAACUUCUAUCCAUAAGCCCGAAUCGCGGUGCCUCUGUACAUUGCAUGUAGACAGCAACCCCGGUCAAAGCUCUAGAUCCAAUUCACACGAGCCGAGGAACCCGGAUUACAUGGGCAUCGGCAAUGUGGAAGAAGGAACGAUGGUUGCCAGCUACCCUAACUGGUCGGGCGCUCCGAGGGAAUUACAACAAGAUACCAACGCAAGCCAAAGCUCUAGAUUCAAUCCACAUGAGCUAAGGUACCCGCAAGAGAUAGGCAUUGGCAACGUUGAAGAAGCAUCAAUGUAUGCCAGCUACCCUAGUGGGUCAGGCGCCCCGAGGGAAUUACAGCAAGGUGAACAGGUCCGUCGAAGCCAAGGGAGAUCGGCGCCACGAGAUUUGUCCGGAAAAUGGUAUUAUUAG